UCGAGGUCGCCAAGGAAACGAGAGGGCGGGGGUGGGUCGCAGAGGCGUCCAGGGCAGGCGGCUCAGGUCGGCCAUGGCGGCGGCGAGGCGGCGGCACAAGCGUCUGCUGCUGAGCUUCGGCGGGACGCUGGCGGCGGGCUGCGCGUUGGCGGCAGCCGUGUGCGCCGCACUUCCUCGCUGGCUGGACGGCUCGGUCCUCUGCAGAACUGGAGCGGAACUCGUCAACGCCACCGGGAGCGAGCUGGACAAGUUCGUGGGGCGCAUCGCCUAUGGACUCUUCCGCGGCGAGAGAGUCAAGACCUGCGGCUUGGGCGGCCGGACUUCGCGAUUCUCAAUCUUUUCAGAGUUGCUGGACGCCAUCCCAGCCGGUCUGCACGUGACCAUCAUCUUCUUCUGCGGUUCGUUGAUCGUCUUUUCGUCCGUGUCGAGCGGCUUCUUCUUCUUCAACGCCUUCGGACGUCCUUACGAGACGCUGCACGGCCCUCUGGGACUUUACUUGUGGACGUCCAUCUGCUGUGGGUGCGGUUUCCUGGUUGUGGUUCUGUUCGCCUCCGAGGUGAAAGUCGAGCGCCUGUCGGAGCGCAUCGCCAACUUCGAGGAGGUCGCCUUUGCGUUCCAGACGCACGACGAGCGCUACGACGUCUGCUUCUGGAUCCUGGUCCUGGUCUUCUUCCUGCAAGCGUUCAACGUGGCUGUGAUCCGACUAGCGGGGAUGAACCUCCCCGUCCUGCGGGGGAAAGACUCGGACCUGAGCGGUGGUGCCGCUGACCUGAUGUACUGAAUUGCACUUUACUUCUUAACACAUCGCUAUGCAGCAUCGCUGUGAAGUAGUCACACAAAAGUGUCUCAGUGGAACCUUGACUUACGAGUAUAUUUUGUUUAGUGACUCAGCUCAUAACUCAAUUUACUUAUACAGUACUUCCUAUCAGUAUUCCCCAUUGAAAUGACUUGACAUCCCAUUAGUCUGUUCAAGCCCUGAAAAUACCACCACCAUUUUUUACAUGCUUUUAAUAAAGAAUAUUAUAUAA